CUGCUCCACUACACCCUUUAUGGCACCGAGAGCGCAGCUUAAUCACAUACCGAAAUCUAGCAAAAGUAGCAGGAGAGUUGACCAAGCCGAAGGUUAUAUGGUGGGUAAUAUGAUUUCAGUGUUUUUGUUUUAGCAGUGGUAUAGUCAUUUCCGGGUGUCGCCAGUCGCUGGUCCCACGAUUUGGUUACAUUCCUGGGAACACGUCUCUCCCGCAACAGAACGUUUUGGAGGAUUACUUUUUGGACAACGGGGCGAGUUCACGAAGAACUUGUGCAGACAGAGAAACAGCGGUGUAACUUAGAAAACAAAAAUGCUGAUCCAAUGUUAACGUGACCGAACACAAUUUAUGCAAGAAAACAGAAUGGAGAUCAAAGGAAUGUUAUAAAGUCAGGGGUAGCGCCAUUGUGUUUAGAAGAGGAAGGCAUUUGAUUUAGCGGUGAGGGAAAGGGAAUCUCUAAUUUAAGUAAAUUACCAAACUGGCAAACAGAGCACUGCAACCAAAAUUAAACCCAUGAGGCUUAAUAUGGCAUGGAAAAGUUGGAUAUCUAACGAGUGUGGAAAACAUCUACUUCUGCUCUUGUGGUUGGCUGUCAACGUGUGGCUGUUUUGGAAAACGUUCAUACUGUACUACAGUGGUCCACAAUAUUAUUAUCUGCACAGAAUGCUGGGGCUAGGAUUGUGCAUUAGCAGGGCCUCGGCAUCUGUCCUAAACCUCAACUGCAGUCUUGUGCUGCUGCCCGUGUGCCGAACUCUCCUGGCUUUCCUACGAGGAUCACAGAAGGUAGCUAGCAGAAAAGCCAGAAGGUUGCUGGAUAAAAGCAAAACAUUCCAUGCAGCAUGUGGUGUGACUGUAUGUAUCUUUUCAGUGGUCCAUGUUGCAGCCCACAUGGUGAACAUUCUGAAUUUCUCUGCGCGGUACAGUGAAGAUUUCCCUUCACUUAAUGUUGCUCACUACAAGGGGGAGGACCCUAGGUUAAUUAUCUUUACCACUGUUCCAGGAGUAACUGGUAUCCUCAUGGUGUUGAUUCUUUUCUUGAUGUUUACGGCUUCAUCAUACUCCAUAAGAGUCUCUAACUAUGACAUUUUCUGGUACACCCAUAACCUCUUCAUUGUCUUCUACAUUCUGCUGUUGCUUCAUGUGGCUGGGGGUGCACUAAAAUAUCAGAGCAACGUUGAAGCCCACCGUCCUGGAUGCUUCAGUCCUAAUAAAACUCUCCAGGUGCGGCGACUGAAACCAGAGCCCCUUCCUGAAUCUCACCUGGAACGUUCUCAUGAGGACUUCCUCAAACCACAGCCUCAUGUUGAAGACAACUUUGGCAAUGUCUGCAAAGAGGAGCCACAUUUCAAAUCGCAUUUCCCUGAGACUUGGCUGUGGGUGUCUGGCCCUCUUUGCCUUUACUGUGCAGAAAGACUUUACAGGUACUUUCGAAAUAGUCGACCGGUCACCAUUGUGUCUGUGACUAGCCUCCCGUGUGAUGUCAUCGAGGUGCGCAUGGUGAAGAAAGACUUCAAGGCCCGUCCCGGCCAGUACAUCGUUUUACAGUGUCCAAGUAUAUCGACCUUUGAGAGUCAUCCAUUCACUCUUACAGUGGAAUAUCUGAUUCAACUAUCCACUGGUUUGGAAAUCUUAGCCGUUUGCUUCAUCCGAAAAAGAAAUAUCCAGUGUCCGACUGAAAAGAGAACAACCUUUGGGGUCCAUCUUCGAGUGCUUGGAGACUGGACGAAACAAUUUAAGGAGCUGUUGCUUUCAAAAUCGACCCCAGACUCUGAGAUCCUACCUAUUGUCCAGCAAAGAAGAUAUCCCACGCUGUAUAUAGAUGGGCCGUUUGGGAGUCCAUCUGAAGAAGUCUUUAACUAUGAAGUCAGCCUGUGUGUCGCUGGAGGUAUAGGAGUCACCCCAUUUGCUUCUGUACUUCACACACUACUAGAUGAAUGGAGGCAUUUUAAACUCAGGAGGCUCUAUUUGAUCUGGGUCUGCAGGGAAAUCCAGUCCUUCUACUGGUUUGCAGAUCUGCUAUGUGCUCUGCAUCAGAAGCUUUGGCAGGAGAAUCGUCCAGACUACUUAAACAUCAAGCUGUACCUCAGUCGUACAGAUGGGAUACAGAAUCUCAUUGGUGACAGGUAUCGGGCACUGAACUCGAGGCUUAUCAUAGGAAGACCUCGAUGGAAACUUCUUUUUGAAGAAAUCUCAAAGUGCAAUAGACAGAAAAAUGUUGGUGUAUUUUGCUGUGGGCCAAAAAAAAUCUCCAAGACCUUACACAAACUCAGUAACAGCACCAGCUCCUCUGGGACAACAUUUGAAUACAACAAAGAGUCAUUCAGCUGAACAUGCCUUAACACUAGAAGGACCGGAGAUAUACUCAUACCUGGAAGCCCCGCAGCAGACUUCUGACGGCUGUAUUCAAAACACUGUAAAUAGUAUAACGAAAGGAGAAACAGUCGGAUGUAAUUAGGUUUUUUUAUUGAGUACAUUACAUAAACAUCUGAACAACCGAA